AUGUACCUCUACACAACCACCACCACCACCACCGCCACCCUCCUCCUCGCCCUCACCACCCUCACGACCCCAACCCUCGCCGCCUUCGGCGUCAACAAAACCAAAGACAGCAUAACCAUCGAUUCCGGCUCCACAGCCCCUUUCCUCUUCACAGUCUCCACCACAUCCUGUGACAUCACAUCCCUCAACUACGCCGGCGAGGAGCUUCAAUCCCCCACAAAGGGCUCGCACAUUGCUUCUGGCCUCGGUUCCGCCACCGUCAGCUACGACAUCAUCGGCACCAGUUACAUCAAGGUAACAUGCACGACGCCUACACUCACGCAGUACAUUGUUGCCAAAGCCGGAGAGGCGACCAUCUACAUGGCGACGGACAUUACUGCGGAGCCUGAGAUUGGCGAGUUGCGGUUUAUAGCGCGGCUGGAUAGUGCCAAAGUGGGGCUGAGUUGGCCGUUUGGGAUCGUGUCUACGACGGCGAAUGCGACGGGGACGGUCGAAGGCGAGGAUGUUUUUUUGGUGGCCGACGGGGAGACGAGGAGUAAGUUUUACUCGAGUGAGAGGUUUAUUGAUGAUGCUGUGCACUGUGUGUAUCGGGAUACCAAUCCGAUUCAUGUCUGUUUGCUGAUGGAUUCGUAUUCGUAUGAGACGUCGGCCGGUGGACCUUUUCAUCGCGAUAUCAAUACUAAUAAUGCGGGUCCGGCGAAUUCUCUGACGUUCUACAUGAACAGUAAUCAUGUUCAGUUGGAAAAGUAUCGUAUGGGGAUGAAGGGUCCGUAUGCCCUUUCCUUUAGCCGGUCUGAUAUCCCCAAGGGGGGCUCAAGCAUGGAUACGACAUUCUUCAAGGACCUCUCGAUCCCCAACUACGUUCCCCCUUCAGCCCGAGGCACAGUGACAGGAAAAGCAACAGGGGUAAGCUCAACCGCCCAAGCAGUCGUCCACUGGUACAACGACGCAGCCCAAUACUGGGCCUACGCCUCUUCUUCUUCUGGAACCUUCACCUCCCCCGCCAUGAAACCGGGGACUUACACUCAAGUCCUAUACCAAGGCGAAUUCAAAGUAAAAGCCAUCAGUGUCAUGGUAACAGCUGGCAGCACGACAACGGCCAACAUAGCCGCCGAUACCGAGCCCAAAACCUCGCUGUGGCGCAUCGGCGAAUGGGACGGCCAGCCCAAGGGCUUCCGCAACGCAGACAAGCAACUCCGCAUGCAUCCCUCUGAUUCGCGCAUGGCGCCCUGGGUCCCCCUCACCUACACCGUGGGCACCAGCACCCUCGACAGCGUGCCCAUGGCCCUCGUCAAGGACCUCAACCCCCUCACCAUCAACUUCACCUCCAAGCAAAAGAACACGGCGGCACUUAGCCUGCGUGUGGGCACUACCCUCGCCUUUGCCGGCUGCCGUCCCGCUGUGACGCUGAAUACUAAUUUCAGUCCCGCCGUGCCUGCGGCGCCGACAAAGAUUGCGUCGCGGGGUUUCACGCGAGGCGCGUACCGUGGGUUUGGCGAGGUGUACGAUUACGCUAUCCCUGCUGGUACGCUGGUCGAGGGCGCCAAUACGAUUCGUAUCAGCUGUUUGAGCGGUGAGUCUGGGACAGGCUUCUUGGCUCCCAAUGUCAUUCUCGAUGCGAUAGAGUUGUUGGAGUGA